UGUCUCUCUCUCUCUCCACGCAAAGCGAGCCGCGCGCCUCGCCACCACCGCAUCACCAGACGCGGAGGGAGGAGAAGUUGUCCUGCGGCAUCGGGACCAUGAUGGCGUACGUGGGAGGCUCCUCGGAGCUGAUCUACCGCGGUCACGACGCGCCGGCGUCGGACGGCGCGGGCGCCGCUGGGUACUCGGCCAAGCCGGAGAAGCCGCUGCCAUGGCUGGCGCGGCCGCUGAGGUACGUGAUGGGCGAGCAGCGCCUGCUGUUCGCCUUCGUCGGCAUGGCCAUCGCGUCGCUCGUGUUCCUCCUGGCGCCCGCCUCCAACGCCGGCGGCGCGGCCGCCUCUAGCAGCAGCGUGGCGCACCUUGCGGCGGUGGGGCUGGCGUCGCGGCAGUACUCGUCCGGCGCGGUCCCGCGGAUGGCGUUCCGGGAGCCCCGCGGCAUUCGGCCCGGCCGCGUGCCGCUGGGGCUGAAGCGCAAGGGCCUGCGCGUGGUGGUGACGGGCGGGGCCGGGUUCGUGGGCAGCCACCUGGUGGACCGGCUGCUGGCGCGUGGCGACAGCGUGAUCGUGGUGGACAACUUCUUCACGGGGCGCAAGGAGAACGUGCUGCACCACGCCGGGAACCCAAACUUCGAGAUGAUCCGGCACGACGUGGUGGAGCCCAUCCUGCUGGAGGUGGACCAGAUCUACCACCUGGCGUGCCCGGCCUCCCCUGUGCACUACAAGCACAACCCCGUCAAGACCAUCAAGACCAACGUCGUCGGCACGCUCAACAUGCUCGGCCUCGCCAAGCGCGUCGGCGCCCGGUUCCUCCUCACCAGCACCAGCGAGGUCUACGGCGACCCGCUCCAGCACCCGCAGGUCGAGACAUACUGGGGAAACGUCAAUCCCAUCGGUGUGCGGAGCUGCUACGAUGAGGGCAAGCGGACGGCGGAGACGCUGACCAUGGACUACCACCGCGGCGCCAACCUCGAGGUGAGGAUUGCUCGGAUCUUCAACACCUACGGGCCCCGCAUGUGCAUCGACGAUGGCCGCGUCGUCAGCAACUUCGUCGCUCAGGCACUGAGGAAGGAGCCGUUGACGGUGUACGGCGACGGCAAGCAGACGAGGAGCUUCCAGUACGUCUCCGAUCUGGUCGAGGGUCUGAUGAAGCUGAUGGAGGGUGAGCACGUGGGCCCGUUCAACCUGGGGAACCCCGGCGAGUUCACGAUGCUGGAGCUGGCCAACGUGGUGCAGGACACCAUCGACCCCAAUGCGCGCAUCGAGUUCCGCCCCAACACCGCCGACGACCCGCACAAGCGCAAGCCGGACAUCAGCCGCGCCAAGGAGCUGCUUGGGUGGGAGCCCAAGGUGUCGCUCAAGAAGGGACUGCCCCUCAUGGUCCAGGACUUCCGCAACCGCAUCUUUGGCGACCAGAAGGCCGCCGCCGCCGCCGGCGACAACUGAUGAUCGGCCUGCCGACGUCAACCGCUGCGCGCAUUCGAUUGUUUUCUGAAUUGUAAGUAUAGGGAAGAUACUGGUAAUCCAUGACCGGAGUUGAACCAACCAAGGAUCGAUGCAUGUUUGUAGGAUAGUUUAUUGAUUAGCUGUGCUGCAUAAGCAUCAUACAGAUCGAGAGAGAUAUAGCCGCCGGUGCCUGCCUGGUGCUGCUACUGCAAGAACCGAGUAUGAGCCAUAGCUAGCAGCCUCGCAGCAGGAGGUCGAGGUCCUCCUCACGACCUUGAUGUUAUUAAUUUGCUGUUCUUUUGUCAUCCCUUUUUGGUAGCUACAUGUUAAUUCUUUGUUGAUUUUUCAUGUGUUUUUGUUUCUUGGAAGGAAUGUCUGUUGAGGUCAUAGCUCUUGUUCAGUGUCUGUGACGACGAUGAUGACUCUGCAAUAACACCUGUGGAUGCCAAAUACACUCAUGAUUAUUAACAUCGCCUCCACUGAUUAAAUUUGUU